CGUGGUGCGCGCACCAGGGGCAGCUGUUCCCACAGCAGAGUCUGCAGAGAGCCGGAGAAGGGAAGGUGCAAACAUGGCAUCGGGGGCAGCAGAGGCAGAGACCAGGCAGAGGCUGCUGAGGACAGUGAAGAAGGAGGUGAAGCAGAUAAUGGAAGAAGCUGUUACCAGGAAAUUUGUCCAUGAGGACAGCAGCCACAUUAUCUCGUUCUGCGCUGCGGUUGAAGCUUGUGUGCUUCAUGGAUUGAAACGAAGGGCUGCUGGCUUCCUACGCAGCAAUAAGAUUGCUGCCUUGUUUAUGAAAGUGGGGAAGACCUUUCCUCUUGCAGAAGAACUUUCUAAAAAGGUUCAAGAUCUCGAACAACUAUUGGAGAACAAGAGGAAUCAGAUGCAAGGUGUCCAUGACAGUGUGCGGAAGACGCAGAGACUCCCAAAUCUCUCCCCACAAGCAAUCAAACAUCUGUGGAUUCGGACGGCACUCAUAGAAAAAGUGUUAGAUAAAAUAGUACUUCAUCUGGUGGAGAACUGCGGCAAAUAUUAUGAAAAAGAAGCACUUCUGAUGGAUCCAGUGGAAGGACCAAUCCUUGCCUCUUUGCUGGUUGGUCCAUGUGCCCUGGAAUACACAAAAAUGAAAACGGCAGACCAUUUCUGGACUGACCCUUCUGCAGAUGAGCUUGUUCAAAGGCAUCGUAUCCACAGCUCCCACUGCCGUCAAGACUCACCCACCAAGAGGCCUGCACUAUGUAUUCAAAAAAGGCACUCAAGUGGAAGUAUGGAUGACAGACCAUCCAUGUCAGCGCGCGAUUAUGUGGAAUCACUACACCAAAAUUCAAGGACAACUCUACUUUAUGGAAAAAAUAACGUGAUGGUUCAGCCUAGAGAUGAUAUGGAAGCAAUUCCAGGUUACUUAUCGCUCCACCAAACUGCAGAUACAAUGACCCUAAAAUGGACCCCGAACCAGCUCAUGAAUGGCUCUGUAGGAGAUUUAGAUUAUGAGAAAAGUGUAUAUUGGGACUAUGCAAUGACUAUUCGCCUAGAGGAAAUAGUAUACCUGCACUGUCAUCAACAAGUAGACAGCGGGGGCACCGUAGUCCUAGUAAGUCAAGAUGGAAUACAGAGGCCACCUUUAAGGUUCCCUCGGGGAGGACAUCUUUUGCAGUUUCUUUCCUGCUUGGAGAAUGGUCUUCUCCCACAUGGGCAGCUUGAUCCUCCAUUGUGGUCUCAAAGGGGAAAGGGGAAGGUAUUCCCCAAGCUGAGAAAACGAAGCCCCCAAGGUUCCUCCGAAUCAGCUUCAGACAAAGAAGAAGAUGAAGCCACUGACUAUGUUUUCAGAAUCAUCUACCCAGGGACUCAGUCUGAGUAUGCACCUCAGGAGUUGAUUGAAACUCAGGGUGGUGGGCUUCCUUCUAUGUGGCAGCCCAGCACACGCAAGUCCUCUUGUUCCUCAUGUUCUCACAGCGGAUCUUCUGAUGGAGGUCAUUCCAAUGGCUGCAAUCAUGAGAGAGCUCCUCUGAAAAUGUUAUGCGACAACAUGAAGUAUCAGAUUGUAUCUAGGGCAUUUUAUGGAUGGCUUGCCUACUGCAGACAUCUGUCUACUGUGCGGACACACUUAUCGGCUCUUGUCAAUCACAAGAUUGUGUAUCCUGAUGUGCCAGUUGAUGCCAGCUUGGGACUGACUGUGGAGAUUUGGCAAAAGUACCUAGAAGACAGCACGAGUUAUGAAGAGCAGGAGCUGCUACGUCUUAUUUACUAUGGUGGGAUUCAACACGAGAUCAGGAAAGAUGUAUGGCCUUUUCUCCUUGGACACUAUCAAUUUGGCAUGACAGAAACGCAAAGAAAAGAGGUGGAUGAUCAAAUCCGUGCUUGUUAUGAACAAACCAUGGCAGAGUGGCUGGGCUGUGAGGCUAUUGUGCGUCAACGGGAGAAGGAAUCUCAUGCUGCUGCUUUGCUUAAGUGUUCGUCUGGAGCCAGUCUGGAUAUUCAGAUGCAAAGGAUGAUGCACAGAGAUUCAACUGUCAGCAACGAGUCUUCCCAAAGUUGCAACUCUGACCGACAAAAUCAUGUGCAUUUGCAUAGUGACUCGAGUACAAGUACACAGGUGUUUGAAUCAGUGGAGGAAGUCGAGCAAACAGACCUCAGAAGCGAGGAUAACAAACCUGCUAAGGUACAUAACGGAACGGUACCAAAUGGGACCUGCUCACCAGAUUCUGGGCACCCUUCUUCCCGGAAUUUCUCAAUUACCUCUGGGUAUUCAGAUCACAGCUUCAGCACUGAUGACAAUACUUCUUUGGAGGCCAACAAAAAUGCCACGUACCUGCAGAUUAAAUCUGGUGCUAGCAGUGGGAAAAAGCAGGGCAGCAUGGAAAACAUCCUGGCGGAUAACAAGAUGGUCGAAGAGGAUAUUCCUAUCCAAGAAAGCAUGGAUACGGAAGCGACAGCCAACGAAAGUCUGGAUGAUUUCCUGUCUAUGACUGAAAGCGCAGAAGAGAUCCUUCCAGACAAGGAUACUGUGCCUUCUGUUGUUGAAGCAUGGCCAGAUAGUGAAGCUGAUAAAGAAAGUCUUAUAGGGAGUGAAGACAAUUUGUCAGAAGAACCAGAAAUGGAGAGUCUGUAUCCAACACAUGAUUCAUUAGUUGUCAUUGAUGCCACUGUUUCUGAAAUGUCACCUGUCUCAUCCACAGGAGUGACAUACUCUCAAGAACUCCUUGACAUGUACACCAUCAAUUUGCAUCGAAUUGAGAAGGAUGUUCAAAGGUGUGACCGCAAUUAUUGGUAUUUUACUCCUGCCAAUUUGGAGAAGCUUCGCAAUGUUAUGUGCAGCUAUGUCUGGCAGCACAUUGAAAUUGGCUAUGUACAAGGCAUGUGUGAUCUCCUGGCCCCCUUAUUGGUAAUACUGGAUGAUGAGGCCCUAGCUUUCAGCUGCUUUACUGAACUGAUGAAGAGGAUGAAUCAAAACUUUCCACAUGGAGGUGCCAUGGAUACACACUUUGCCAACAUGAGAUCACUGAUACAGAUUUUGGAUUCUGAACUAUUUGAGCUGAUGCACCAAAAUGGAGACUACACUCAUUUCUAUUUCUGUUACCGCUGGUUCCUUCUUGACUUCAAACGAGAACUGGUUUAUGACGAUGUCUUUUCGGUUUGGGAGACCAUUUGGGCAGCGAAGCACGUGUCAUCCUCUCACUUUGUCCUGUUCAUUGCCUUGGCAUUGGUGGAAGUUUAUCGUGACAUUAUCUUGGAAAACAAUAUGGACUUCACGGAUAUAAUAAAGUUUUUUAAUGAAAUGGCCGAGAGACACAACAUUAAGCAGAUCAAGAAGCUGGCUCGGGAUCUGGUGUAUAAGGUGCAGACCUUGAUCGAAAACAAGUGAGGGAAGCACUAAAUAGAGAAAAACAGUCAAAUCUAAAAACAUCUGCUGCCAUGAAGCCCUGGAAAACAUUAUAAUACCACCCAUACUGAAAGACAAGGGUUAGACAAUACCUAAUCAGCCAGUUUAUUUACUCUGUAAGUGCCAGAAACAGGAGCGAACACCAAUAGCAGAGGGAACAUAAAAGGUUUCCUGUAUUAUUCCAUAUUUAAACUUAAGCUUCCUUCCCUUUAGCCUUUUUAGUUUGAUGUUAGACCAAAGACCUCAAAAUCUCUUUUUUGUCCUCGAUUUCAACCGCAGAGCAUUAGGAAACAGGUCGUAACAAAUGUUUCCUGGUGCUCAAGCCGGUAGGGUAACUGCAGGGUCUUGGGUGGGUUUUUGAGCUCACAUUAGAAGCUUACGAUUUCAUGUAUACGGCAGGCAGGUUCAGGGCAUAGUAUGAGAGUUUCUAAGGCCACAGGCAGGAUACUCGUUUGGGAUGAAGUUUGAGAGCCCCUAAUAAGAGGCACAACUAAAACAAAGUGCUUUAUCGGUUGCAUUAUAUUUUUACUAAUGAUGUUGCCAUUAGGAGCUUGGUGUACCCAGUGGGACAGCAGCUUAGUCACUGUUUGCAAAUUAUCAGAACGAGACCUGUGGCUUGCCUACCUUAUUAACAGUGCUUCGUGUUGCUUAAUAAUGGCACAGCUUUCACAUUGCAGGGAAACUUUAUUGGCACAAAAUAUCAGAUAUUAGCAGAGAAUAUAUAGUAUGUAUACCGAAAAUAUUUAAUGUAUUAUUUAUUGUCUCAUAUUCAGUUUUGUUGCUGAAUAAAGUAAAAUGUUUUUACAUAUAAAAAAAAUAUAUAGAUAGAAUUUUCAAGUGGUAGCACAAAGACUUGCUUAUCGAUCCAAUGAUGAAAGGAGUUCACCAGUUGUGAUGCAUAAACAGUGGCAGAGACUUAAACAGGGCAUGCCAUUUUUAUAAGGGACUAUAGAAAUAUAUCAACCAGAACUGGGAAGAACCAAUUCUCAUUCAGUGGUAUGACAGCUAAAACAAGUUACUGGCUAUUUCCUUAAAACAAAACUAGUUUUUGGACUGAUUUUGAGAUCGUAAUGUUUUAAAUGGAAAGGGGGUGUAAUCCUCAUUAUAAAAAUGUACUUGCUAAGAGUGAAUCUUCUCAUAUAUCUAUUAUCAGUUAGCAAAA